GUGGCUUUUGCCCCAUACCACUACCUAUAAAAGAACCCCCCCCUCCCCCUCGUUCCCCGCCACCCUUCCUUAAUAUAUCACGUUCGGCAUCCCCAACAUGGUCGCCCAACUCCGUCCACCACGCUCACAGGCUGUCCCCUCCGCAGACUCAGCAAAAGACCAAACCACCUUCGCCGCACACCAGACGGACUGGAUCAUCGUAUUCAACACAAAACUACCCCGCGCAACCGCAAAGGGCCUGACGCCAGAAGCCCUCGAUGACCGCAAAGGCGCCGUACUGCAGGCCUGGGACGACGUCAUCUCCCGUUUGCUGUCUGUAAAGCUCACGUUCCAAGUCCAACAGUGGGGCAGUCCUGAAAAGCUGGCGAUCCUCGUUCGAUGUCCCGAUGACGUCCUCCGUAGAGAGAUUUACCGUACGAGAGUCAUCGAUUGGCUCAACAACUCUGGCGCAUCCGUCAGGGAGCCGCCUGUGACUCUCACCGACCUCGAACUCCCUCCCCUGACCGAGGCCGAACGCUUGAGACUCGUCUAUGAGCUGCUCACCACUCCGACUUAUGAGGGUGGAGCCGGAUUGACCAUGGAUGAGGACGUCGUCGGAAAGACGGAUGCCGUCGGUGGGAAGUUUAUUGAGGCGAUCUACGCUCCGCAUGACAAGGAGUUUACCGAUAAAUGGAUCAAAAGCUGGACAAAGCGAUGGCUCUUAACUGACCAAGACAUUGACGCCAUCCGCGACUAUGCCGGCGAGAAAGUGGCAUUCUACUUUGCAUUCUUGCGCUUUUACGUGCAAUCUCUCAUCAUUCCCUCCGUCAUCGGCGGGAUCGCGUACUUGUGGCAGGGGGACUUUUCUCCCGUCUACGGCGUGCUGAUCAUUGUCUGGUCAGUAGUCUUCAUCGCCGUCUGGGACCGCCGCGCCUCAGUCUACGCCCGCCGCUGGGGCACCCGCAACUUCUCCAAGAUUGAAAAAAUCCGCCCCGAAUUCCGCCCCACAAGCAUCCUCACCGACCCCGUCACCCACGAGCGCUUACCCUUCUACCCGUACUGGAAACGCUGGGCGACCACCACGCUCAUCACCGUCCCCAUUAACCUCACCCUCGUCGGGGUGCUCAUAUGCGUCGUUUUUACGAUCGUUUCAUCCGACGUCUAUUUCCAUAAAUACUACGACGGCCCGGGGAAGGAAUUCGUCGGAUUUAUCCCCACCAUCGUCUACGGCGCAUGUAUCCCCACCUUCCACUCCUACUACACCCGGCUGGCAAACCACCUCUCCUACCUCGAGAACCUGCCCACCGACACCCAACACGCGGCGACAUUCACCCAGAAACUCUUCACAUUCAACUCCCUCGUCGCCUUCUUCGCCCUUUUUGCCGAAGCAUACAUCUUCAUCCCCUGCUCCACAUGGGUCGGGUCUAUCCUCAAAUCCAAAGGGUACAUCUGGUCCAUGUCGUUCGAGGUCGGCCCGGCGAGUUUGCAGAGCCGCCUGAUUUAUCUUGUGAUUACGGGGCAGGCGAUCAACGCGGUCACGGAGGUGGUGUUGCCGCUCGUGUUGACACGGUGGAGUACGAGGAAACAGGGGUUGGAAGUGACCGAGGCGCAGAAGCGGGAGGAGACGGAGGAUGAGUGUUGGGCGAGGCGGGCGAGGAAGGAGUUUGAGCGGCCUGCGUAUAAUGUGGCCGAUGAUUAUUCCGAGAUGGUCAUUCAGUUCGGCUACAUCAUGCUCUUCUCCCCCUGCUGGCCGCUCACGCCGCUCUUCUGCCUCAUCAACAACUUCCUCGAGCUCCGCGCAGACGCCUUCAAAAUCUGCAAAGCCGCGCGCCGCCCCGUCCCCCAACGCGCCGACAACAUCGGCCCGUGGUCCAAGAACCUGCGCCUGAUCUCCUACGUCGGGUCCGCGCUCACCAUCCCGUCGCUGCUCACGCUGUACCGCAACUGGAACCUCGAGAUGGACGCCGGCGUGCAGGUCAAGGCACGCCUCCCGAACGCGUUGGCCGCGGUGCUGAUCGCGGAACACGUGUACCUGCUGUUGCAGUACGUGAUCAACGAGGCCGUCAACUCGGUGCCCAUCCAGGGCGGGGAGCAGCUCAAGCGCGCCGAGUUUGAGGUGAAGAAGAGGUAUCUUUUGAAGGCGGGGAUCGAUGUGCUGGCGGGCGGGCAUGGGGGGAGUGUUAGGUGGAGUGAGGGAGACGGGGGCGAGAGGAAGGGAGAGGAUGCGGUUUUGUUUGGGGUUGCCUUGGGGAGGGUGCAUGAGGCGCUUAAGGGUGUACAGACUCAUUGAGAUGUUGUGCGGCUGCUCAACUCAGUUCAGCGCGUUUUUUUUAUCAUAGUUCUUUUUCAGUUCCGUAGCCUUACUGUACCUGUAUAUACCGUAACUUUUUCUCUCAAAUUACAUCAUAUCACUCACAUCAUAUCACUUUGCUAUGCUAUUGUCUUUAUUACGAAAAAACACAUCAUCCCUAUGUCAGUCUGCCCUCAAACAUUACCACCCCAACCCAAGUCCCCCCACAUCUACAUCCAUCUACGCUACAAC